GCGGUGGCCGGGGCCACGCCCCGGGCAGGAGGGCCGCUCUGUGCGCGCCCGCUCUAUGAUGCUUGCGCGCGUCCCCCGCGCGCCGCGCUGCGGGCGGGGCGGGUCUCCGGGAUUCCAAGGGCUCGGUUACGGAAGAAGCGCAGCGCCGGCUGGGGAGGGGGCUGGAUGCGCGCGCACCCGGGGGGAGGCCGCUGCUGCCCGGAGCAGGAGGAGGGGGAGAGCGCGGCGGGCGGCAGCGGCGCUGGCGGCGACUCCGCCAUAGAGCAGGGGGGCCAGGGCAGCGCGCUCGCCCCGUCCCCGGUGAGCGGCGUGCGCAGGGAAGGCGCUCGGGGCGGCGGCCGUGGCCGGGGGCGGUGGAAGCAGGCGGGCCGGGGCGGCGGCGUCUGUGGCCGUGGCCGGGGCCGGGGCCGUGGCCGGGGACGGGGACGGGGCCGGGGCCGGGGCCGCGGCCGUCCCCCGAGUGGCGGCAGCGGCCUUGGCGGCGACGGCGGCGGCUGCGGCGGCGGCGGCAGCGGUGGCGGCGGCGCCCCCCGGCGGGAGCCGGUCCCUUUCCCGUCGGGGAGCGCGGGGCCGGGGCCCAGGGGACCCCGGGCCACGGAGAGCGGGAAGAGGAUGGACUGUCCGGCCCUCCCCCCCGGAUGGAAGAAGGAGGAAGUGAUCCGAAAAUCUGGGCUAAGUGCUGGCAAGAGCGAUGUCUACUACUUCAGUCCAAGUGGUAAGAAGUUCAGAAGCAAGCCUCAGUUGGCAAGGUACCUGGGAAAUACUGUUGAUCUCAGCAGUUUUGACUUCAGAACUGGAAAGAUGAUGCCUAGUAAAUUACAGAAGAACAAACAGAGACUGCGAAACGAUCCUCUCAAUCAAAAUAAGCUGCGCUGGAACACUCAUCGUCCUGCACCAUGGCAUGCGCUUUCAAGACUCUGCUUGCUCAUACGCUGUUUGCUCUGCUUGGAAUGUGCUUACCCCCUUCCCCUUCAUCUGGCGAACUCCUACUCAUCCAAGACCCAGGUCCAUUGUCUCCAUCUCUGGGAAGCCUGCCCUGCAUACUCCAGGCUGAACCAAUCCUUUUCUCCAUAAUGCUUCCCUGGUGCUUUGCCAUUGUAUUUGUGACUUGUUUGUCUGCUUCAGCUAGACUGUGAGCUCCAUGAGGGCAGGGACCAUGUCUUUUUUUGCUUUUGCACACGGUAGGUACUUAAUAUUGCUUUAUGUUUAUUUGAUUUACCAUCCACCUCAUUCUAGAAGUGUAUAGUGGUAAUAAAUGUUUAUUAAAUAAAUAAAUUAAUAUACCGUCCAUUAUUUUGGAAAUAACUUUCAUUUUCAUUGUUUUCUGAAGGUUUCUGCCUGAAUUUUUGGAGGCAUGGUCUUUUUUUUGCAUCUGAUUUUAUUUAAAUGGUCAGAAAGUAGAGUUUUGCAUUUUAAAAAAUAAGUUCUCUUGGAAAGUAACACCAACAACAUAUUGGGUAGCUCUAUAAAGCAGAAAAUGUAUUUGUGGCUAAUUAAGUAAUAACUGUAUUAUGUCUUUUUUAUGAUAGUACAGUGUAAAGAAAGCUAAGAGCUUUAAAGUAAUUAAUAGAAAUCUGAGGUAAUGUUUUGCUUUGUGGUUGUGAAUCUGGCUUCAGUACAUUACUGUGUUUGUUUUGUUUUGUUUUGAGACAAGAAUCUCGCUCUGUCGCCCAGGCUGGAGUGCAGUGGGAUGAUUUCAGCUCACCGCAACCUCCGCCUCCCAAGUUCAAGCGAUUGUCUCUUCCUCAGCCUCCCGAGUAGCUGGGAUUACAGGCACCCACCACCACGCCUAGCUAAUUUUUGUAUUUUUAGUAGAUACGGGGUUUCGUCAUGUUGGCCAGGCUGGUCUUGAACUCCUGACCUCAGGUGAUCCGCCCACCUCGGCCUCUCAAAGUGCUGGGAUUACAGGCAUGAGACACCACGCCCAACAUGUUUUGUUUUUAAACUCUUAUCUUGAAAGAAUUAGAGCUUUAAUUGACAAAAUAAACUUUGAAGCAGGCUACAUUAUAAUUUACAUUAAGUAAUUAUAAGCUAUGAUUUUAACAUGUUUUCAAUAUCGGAGGUGAAUUACUGGUGAUGAAUAAUAUCUUUCGGUGUGAUUGGAAAGAUGUCUUUUUUUUUUUUUUUUUUUUUUUUUUUUUUUUUUUUUUUUUUUUUUUUUUUUUUUUUUUUUUUUUGGA